GAUUGCUGCUGUUCCUUUUCUGAGUGCCUCAGAGUGCUCCAGAUUUGACUCUGGGUGAGUGAAUGCAAGCUGCUUGCUUGAGCGUCAGGAAGGAAAGAAAAAACGCAGCAAUUGAGAGAGAGAGAGAGAGAGAGCCACGCUGUGAGACUGCUCUUCUCAUUACUGUACACACUUGAUCCACAGUGUCCUGCUGCUGACACCAGAUCUCAUUCAUUCCUAAAUUUUGUGAUCUGAGCAACCCUGCACUUUUCAUAUCACUGCAAAGCUGGACUGAAGCUUUAACCCUCACUGCCUGGAGAGUUUGCUGUACUUUUUCUGCUAUUUCAAGUGACUAAAAAAAGGCUAACUUUUUUUUUUCUUUGGAAAUAAACUCCAAGCACUUAAAAGAAUCCUAAAAAAAAAGAAAGCACAUUCAGACCUUAAUGGCUGACAACAGUAUUGAAGAUUCUGAUUAUUAUCCACAUAAAGAAGAUUUGGAGUGGGGAUAUGAAGAGGGUGUGGAAUGGGGUCUACUAUUUCCAGAAGCAAAUGGUGAAUACCAGUCUCCCAUAAACCUCAACUCAAGAGAAGCCAAGUAUGACCCUUCCUUACUAGAACUACGCCUGUCCCCAAAUUAUGUAGUGUGCCGUGACUGUGAAGUAAUUAAUGAUGGCCAUACUGUGAGGAUACUGUUGAAGUCCAAAUCAGUUGUAACAGGUGGGCCACUAUGCAGAGACCAUGAGUUUGAAUUACAUGAAGUACGAUUUCACUGGGGCAGGGAGAAUCAGCGUGGCUCUGAGCAUACUGUGAACUUUAAAGCUUUUCCAAUGGAGCUUCAUCUGAUUCACUGGAAUACAAAACUGUUCAGCAACAUUGAAGAGGCAUUGGGGAAGAGAAAUGGCAUUCUUAUCAUUGCUUUGUUUGUACAGAUUGGUAAAGAACAUCAGGGACUAAAGGCAGUAACAGAAAUCCUUCAGGAUAUCCAGUAUAAGGGGAAGACCAAACUCAUUCCAUGCUUUAAUCCUAACACACUGCUGCCUGAUCCUCUCCUUCGGGAUUACUGGGUGUAUGAAGGCUCCCUCACCAUGCCUCCUUGCAGUGAAAAUGCCACAUGGAUUUUGUACCGCUAUCCUUUGACUAUAUCUCAGAUGCAGAUUGAAGAAUUUCGACGGCUCAGGUCUCACAUAAAAGGUGCUGAACUGCCUGAAGGAAGUGAUGGGAUGUUAGGUGACAACUUCAGACCAACCCAGCCACUCAGUGACCGACUCAUUAGGGCAGCUUUUCAGUAGAUGCUGAAAUGUCCAGGAAAGAAGACAAUGGUUCCUCAGUGUACUGGAUGCCUUCAAAUUGGGUCUCUGCUUGGAGUACAAAACUUGCAUUGUGUUUCUUACUCUAAUUAAUACAGCCCAAAAGGAAAGCUGCAAGCAGAGGAUGUGCUUUACAGCCUGAUGGAAGAAAGUUUGCAGAAGAAAUAUUCAGGUUGUAGAUUUCAUCACACACACCCUGGAAGUCUGUUUCCAAAAUGCAGCAUUCAUGUAGAUGUAGAUGGUAUUUAUUUUGCAAAUAAGACAUCACAGGAAAAAUAUGACUAGAAGUAAUGUGAAAGCCUGUUAGUGCACUGGUAUUGUUAAUGCAUUUCUAUAUUAUAAAUUAAAACAUAAGCUAACUGAUGUGUUUUACUGACCUUCCAAAGGAAUCAGACCAUUUGUUUAUUUCAAGAUAAGAGCAUGUGUCCUUCGUUGUUUGCCAUAUCUGCCAUAAAUACUACAUCUUUUGUGACAGACAGGCAGCACAUGUACUCAGAUGUGUAAAUAAGGUUUAUUGUUGAAAAUUAUUUAUUAAAACUUUGAAGUAAUGAGUUUGUCUUAAAACUCUGUGCAUAGUACGACAGUUGGUAAUCUACCAUUAAAAUUUUAAAUAUC